AUGGAAACAGACAAAAAGCCAUCUCUAGAAAAAGAUGGCACAAAAAAGGACGAGGGAGCCACGAAGCUGAGCUCAGGUAGUCGACAUGCGGUACCCAACAUUUAUACGCCGGUUCCAAAAGCUGGUAGGAAUCCCCGUAAAGUACAGAAAAAGGGGGUGGGAAAAGUCCUUAAAGUCAAUCAAAAAGGGCCUGCAGAAGUAAAUAUUGGGCAAGAUGAGCCUUCUUUUUCCCACUUCUACGUAUACGAUAAACCAGAGGAUGUGAAAGGGUUCAAAAAGCUUGAUGAAGGAAGCACUGGAAAUGACAAAAUCUCGUCUCCCCACUACUACGUGUACGACAAACCAGAGAUUGUGAAAGGGUACAAAGAGCCUGAGAAAGGAAGCACCCGGAACGGUGAAGAGUCGUCUCCCCACUACUACGUAUACCACAAACCAGAGGAUGUGGAAGGGUAUAAAGAGCCAGAGGAAGGAAGCACUGGGAAAGACGAGGCCUCCUCUCCCCACUACGAGAAACCAGAGGAUGUGAAAGGGUACAAGAACCAAGAGAAAGGAAGCACUGGGAACAGUAAAGAAUCUUCCUCCCACUACUAUGUAUACGACAAACCAGAGGAUGUGAAAGGGUAUAAAGAGACAGACGAAGGAAGCACUGGGAAAAACGAGGCCUCCUCUCCCCACUACGAGAAACCAGAGGAUGUGAAAGGGUACAAGAAUCAAGAGAAAGGAAGCACUGGGAACAGUAAAGAAUCUUCCUCCCACUACUAUGUAUACGACAAACCAGAGGAUGUGGAAGGGUAUAAAGUGCCAGAGGAAGGAAGCACUGCGAAAGAAGAGGCCUCCUCACCUCACUACGAGAAACCAGAGGAUGUGGAAGGGUACAAGAAUCAAGAGAAAGGAAGUACUGGGAACAAUAAAAAUCCUGCUUCCCACUACUACGUAUACGACAAACCAGAGGAUGUAGAAGGGGGAAAAUUGUCUAAGGAAGAAAGUACGGGACACAAGGAGGAGCCUUGCUCCCAUGACUACGACAGGUCAGAUGACAAACAGCCCGAUGGAGAGAGCUGUGCUUACAAGAUAAAAGAUCUGAAUGAGUGCGCCAAAAAACCAUGCCAGCAUGGAACCUGUGAGAACAAAGAUGGCGGGUACAACUGUACCUGCUCACCUGGAUGGACUGGGCAGGACUGCCAGCUAGAUAUUGACGAGUGUAUCAGCAAAACCUGCCAGCAUGGACGCUGUGUGAACAAAGAUGGCGGAUACAAGUGUAUCUGUUCACCUGGGUGGACUGGGCAGAACUGUGGACAAGAUAUUGAUGAGUGUAUCAACAAACCUUGCCAGCAUGGACGCUGUGUGAACAAAGAUGGCGGAUACAGCUGUACCUGCUCAUCUGGAUGGACUGGACAAAACUGUGGACAAGAUAUUGACGAGUGUAUCAGCAAACCAUGCCAAAAUGGACGCUGUGUGAACAAAGAUGGCGGGUACAGCUGUACCUGCUCACCUGGAUGGACUGGGCAGAACUGCCAGCUAGGUAUUGACGAGUGUAUCAGCAAACCUUGCAAACAUGGCCGCUGUGUGAACAAAGAUGGCGGAUACUACUGUACCUGCUCAUCCGGAUGGACUGGACAAAACUGUGGACAAGGAAUAAAUCCCUUUUUUGUAUCUACAGCUACAACUUUUGUCUUUAAGACUUACUUUACUUCGUCUUUAUACCACCCAGAUAUUGACGAGUGUAUCAGCAAACCAUGCCAAAAUGGACGCUGUGUAAACAAAGAUGGCGGGUACAGCUGUACCUGCUCACCUGGAUGGACUGGGCAGGACUGCCAGCGAGAUAUUGACGAGUGUAUCAGCAAAACCUGCCAGCAUGGACGCUGUGUAAACAAAGAUGGCGGGUAUAGCUGUACCUGCUCACCUGGAUGGACUGGCCAGAACUGUGGACAAGAUAUUGAUGAGUGUAUCAGCAAACCUUGCCAGCAUGGACGCUGUGUGAACAAAGAUGGCGGGUACAGCUGUGCCUGCUCACCUGGAUGGACUGGCCAGAACUGUGGACAAGAUAUUGACGAGUGUAUCAGCAAACCUUGCCAACAUGGACGCUGUGUAAACAAAGAUGGCGGAUACAGCUGUACCUGCUCACCUGGAUGGACUGGACAAAACUGUGGACAAGCUAAAAAAUGCAAAAGUGGGUGGAGUGAACAUGGCAAACACUGCUUCAAACUGAUGACAGACAUGGUCAGCUGGUCUAACGCCAACUCGAACUGCAAGAACCAAGGUGCAAACCUGGCUUCUAUCAACAGUGCCAGUGAGAACCAAUAUAUCAGCAGUCUCAUCACUAAUGCACCCUGCAAAGGAAAAUUCCCCAUGGUCUGGAUUGGUCUCCAGGUCAAACAUAAACGCAGAAAGAUUCUGACGUGGUCGGAUGGAUCGAGCGUUGUCUACAAAAACUGGGUGCCUGGUGAGCCCAACAACAAUAAACAUUACUCUAAACGCAAGGGAGAAGGGUGCGCUGGAGUGUACUUUAAGACCGGCAAAAACUCUUUCUGGGGCAAGCGCAGGAAAAAAGGGCAAUGGAACGACUAUAAUUGUAAUCAGGGCAACUUUCCCUACAUCUGCAAGAGUCUAAAAGAAUAACAACUGGACUGCUUGCUCCUGACAUGAAAACGAGCAACGACAUUAAAUUAGAACAAGAAAGAAUUAAUAAACUAGUAAUGGAAGCCACGCUGCUAAGACAGCAAAACCGUCGGAAGACAAGGCCACGCUAAAUUGUUCCCAUUCAAAAUUAAUGGACAGUAAUACAAUCACCUAGCACCAAACUGUCCAUCAUUGCCUUCUUCGCUAAGUCCUCGGUUAUUAUAUUAUACGAGGUUCUUAUACCAAAUUUUAUACAUGCCUUGUUUUCACAAUGGAGUAGAGGUAAAUGGUUAAGUGUUUUGGAAUUCUGUACCUGUUUGUUUCAUGAAUUGAAAUGUGCAAAUAUGUAACAAGUAAUUCAGGUAAUCUAAGGUGAGUAACCAUUGUCUGAACAUGAAAUGAAUCUGAUGUAAAUAUCUGUUGACGGUACCUUGCAAAAUCAUUUUCUAGACGUCAAACACAACAACAAAAGGGAAGAGAACUUGGAUCUACACUUGCAUAUAUGCAUUAAAUCAACAGUGGCGAUUUACAAAUUACAAAAUAUGCUAAAUUUAUCUUGCAUUCCAGUAAAACAAAACAAAAAUGA